GCAAAAUAGAUCAAGGGCUUAGCUGGAUUAUCAGGUAUAGACGUUCCCUAUAUAGAGUCCACAUCAUUCCUCUAGGGUUUACGAGCUUCCUUGCAUCUCUGCAGACUGCAGCUACUGCCAAAUAGAAGGGUUUGCUUUGUCGCCUGUUAACAACCAUGAUUAUUCCAGAGAAGAACAGGAGGGAGAUCUCAAAGUAUCUCUUUCAAGAGGGAGUUUGCUAUGCAAAGAAGGAUUUCAACCUUGCAAAGCACCCAAAUAUCGAUGUCCCAAAUCUGCAGGUGAUUAAGCUGAUGCAGAGCUUCAAAUCCAAGGAGUAUGUCCGUGAGACAUUUGCAUGGAUGCACUACUACUGGUACCUCACAAAUGAUGGGAUUGAGUUUUUGAGAACUUAUCUUAAUCUUCCGUCAGAAAUUGUUCCUGCCACCUUGAAGAAAUCUGCGAGGCCCACUGGUCGGCCAAUGGGUGGCCCACCUGGUGACCGGCCCCGAGGCCCACCACGCUUUGAAGGAGACCGUCCAAGAUUUGGUGAUCGUGAUGGGUACCGAGGAGGUUCUCGAGGGGGUGAUUUUGGUGGUGAAAAGGGAGGUGCUCCAGCAGAUUUCCAGCCCUCAUUUAGGGGAUCUGGUGGAAGGCCUGGCUUCGGUCGUGGAGGUGGAGGUGGAGGUUAUGGUGCAGCUCAAUCCAGUUCUUCUGGCUUCGCUUGAACGUCUUGCUGGUUUUUGGCUGUUAAUGUUUUUACGAAUGUAUUAGUUGAAACCCAAGUAUUUGUCUUGGUGCCUUUAUCCAAACCCCCCUAGGAUUUUGUUUGAUUUAAAUUACAUUGAGCUUGAUUUGGGAUUUGAAAUUUAUAACGAAAACCUUGAUUA